CCAAUUUCCUUAUAAACCUUCCUUAGAGGUGCUGUAGUGAAAGCUGUCAGAUCUUCUGGGAGCACAACAGCACUCUGAUCACCCUUUCCUGUUGAAAGUUACAACUGCUUAAGUCAGAAUGGACCAACGUCUUUGCAAGAAGAAACACCUUGUGACCCCUCCUCGUGGCAAUAAGAAGUGUUCUGCUAAAAGAAAGAGCAGUGAUGGAAGUAUCAUUCGUUUUUUGAAGCCCAGUAAAGAGAACUCUGAGGCAAGUUCAAGCAUCAAAGAGGGAAGACCCAUGAAAAGUCCUAUGGCAGAAAUUGGAAAUCAUCCUAAAAUACUUCCUUCACAUAGCAAUGAUGAAUCCAUGGAUGAAGAACGAGAAUUCACUGUGAAUUUGGGAGAUGAUGGAAAGGAGCAUGUGGUGAAAGGCAAAAUCCAAGACAAUGUGCUUAAUGCUAUCAAAGCUAUUAAAGAUGUUAGAGUUCGGAUGGACAAAGAGAAGGCUAGGGGCAAGCAGGCCUACUUAAUAGGCAAGAAAGGGAUUAACGGAGCUAUUAAUCUGGGGAUGCCUCUGAGUUGCGUGCCUCAUGAUUCCCAGUUUGAUAUGAAGUUUUAUGGAGGUAGGAAAAAUAGAAACAUUAGUGAGUCAGGAUUUCGCCAGCAUGACAACAAAGAGAAGUCAUUUAUCUUGUUCUAUGUUGACCCGAGGGGAAAUAAAUUGGAAGCCAGUAGAGCGCAGAGCUGUAGAAUAAUUAGAUGUCCUCAGCUUCUUAAGGAACGCUGCAAACUGUGUAUCUUUGCCCCCAAAGGGGAAACCAUAAAGGAUGCCCUGUGCAAAGAUGGCCGCUUUAUACCUGAACUAGAGGGAAAAGAGUGGAACCUGAUGGAGGGUAAAAGGUCCAUACCUAACACUUUUUCUGUUAAUAGUUUGUCUGGCAAAAUGUUUGAGGUGGAACUGAAGACUGAAAGAGGUGCCAAAUCUGGCAGUGGUCCAAAUAAUAAACUGAUCCCACAGACCUCUUGUGAGAGGCAGCUCAAUCCAUUCCAUUAUUUUAAGACUGAUCUCUUAGACUUGUAUCCUGAUUUGAAGGAACAAAGUGACAUCAUUAACAACUACUUUAAAGAUAGCUCACAUCAAGGCGAGAAGAAAUGUAAUGCCCUUGGAAUAUACAAAGAAGCUUUUGGUAAGGCAAUAAAAAACUCCAUUCGGAUAAAGGUGCUGAAGAUCCAUUCUGAGCACAGUGAGUCUGUUGGCUAUAUAGAGUGGGGCGACAAUGAAAAGGAGGGUGUUGCUACCUGCUUUGUUUUGUGCGAUAGGUACAUACUAACUUGCCACCAUGUGAUACGGUUGAUAGUUGGAGGAGGAGUUGAAGAAAAGGAGUGGGCAAGAAAAAUUAGCCAGUCGGCCCGUGUGACUUUUUCGUAUGAAAACAGACACCCUAAUCAAAAUGACUGGUUCUCACUUGAAGAGUGGUUUGAAAUAUCAGAUGUAGCUCUUGAUUUUGCUGUCCUGCAGUUGAAGAGAAGUGACCACACUAACCUUCCAGCAGGCUUGGUGCAGUUAUGUGCCCCUCCAACAUUUAAUGGUCUUAUUUGUAUCAUUGGUCAUCCAGAUGGAGAAGCAAAGUCUAUGGAUCAGUGUUUUGUUGUUGAUAUUUUUAAUCGCCAGCAGGAAUGUAGUCAUCGUUUGCAGCAAGGCCAGGGGACCGAAUGUAACUAUGUCAACUGUGGUUAUGAUGCCAGGGGUAGCAAUUGCUUCCAUAUGUACAAUCCAAUGACUUUUUCAGAGAUCAGAAAUAAUCCUCAUGUGGUCACCUAUGAUACCUCUUUCUAUGGUGGGUCCUCAGGUUCCCCUGUGUUUGACGCAAAUGGGCAUCUUGUUGCAAUGCAUGCUGCUGGUUACCUUUAUGGAGACAAAGGCAAACGGCACAGCAUAAUUGAAUUUGGCUAUUUGAUGACAUCGAUCCUCUCAAGAAUCAAAAUGAACUGGAAAUCAUGGUAUGACUCUGAAAUUGGUCGUGCCAUACAGGCUGGUCCUGAUGCAGGAGAGGAGGAAACUUUGGAUGGCAGACGGCCAUCUGGGGAUGUGGAGAUGGAUGUGGAAAUGGAGCAAGAGGAUGAAUACAUACUGUGACACUCAGCUCACUCAUCUCAUUCUUCAGAGGUCUCAGGGAAUACAACACAUAACCCGGGAUUGGUUUUCUGUGGAAGGAAGUCAUGGGAGGCUUCUGGUAUUUUGUAAUACUUUCAUUUAUUUACACACAUACAGGUUCUGUUUAUAUGAGGUCUAAGCACUGAAUGUCCCAACAAUUGCCCCAAAGUUCACUGCUCCCCAUCAGACUGCCAACGCCAUCAAAUCCUUGCAGUCUUUGUCUCCGCCUGCUUGCUGUUCUCUCCUUACACUGAAUUAGGAUAAUUAGGAGAGCUGGUGUGGUGCGGUGGUUAGAGUGCUGGACUGGGGAUCCCGGAGAUCCAGAUUCUAGUGUCCACUCGGCCAUGAAACCCACAGGGUGACUUUGAACAAGUCAUGCACUUUCAGCCCAAUGUGUCACAGAGUUGUUGUGAGAAUAAAAUGGAACUAUGUAAGCUAUCCUGCAUUUCUCACAAGGGAAAAAAAAAGCUGGAUAUAAAUGCAAUCUAAUAAUUUUAGCGAGGAAGAAGGAGAAACCGGCUAUUUUUUUUAAUCACUUUGAGCAUUAUUUUUAGUGAAGGGAAGGAAUAAUAUUGUUGCUGAAAGCCUGACAUUAAGAACAGCUUUAGACUUAGGAUGGGAUUCCAGAUCUGAUUGUGGAAUCCAUGUUGCAAGUUUUGCUUCUCACUUAUGGCCUAGAAAUGCUAAAGGUCUGUCCUGAAAGGUCUUCAGUGGGGGUGGGCACACCUUAGAUAUGCUAAUCGUUUGCCUUUGCUGAAGGUUCUAUUUGCAUUGUCUUAACCCCUAUUGUUUACCCCAAUGUUCCCCCCACCUGUGUACCCCACCUCCCCCAAACUGUGUAUGUAACCCAUAGGUUAUUAAAAUCUCUCUUGGCAGUCCUUUUGGGGCCUACCUACAUGCCAUAUGUAUUUCCUGUAUGUCUGAAUAAACUGUAAAUGCUUUUUUGAUUGAACACUCUCAGCUGACACUUGGGGGGGCAGUUCACUCUUGUCAUUAUCUAAUUGUAAUUUCAUUCAAAGCAGUUAUAA